CCGCCGCCUCUUCCCCUUCCACCCCACCAUCUCGUCCGAUUUUACCGGCCUUCCGCUCCCGUCGUCGGCGACCACUUCCCCUCCUCGACACCGCCGGUGGCCGGCAAGGAGAUGGCCCCGACGCUGAUGGAGCUCCCGGGCAGCCUCCUCACUGAAAUCCUCCUCCGGCUGCCCGAGCCGGAGGACCUCGCCCGCGCCUCGGCCGCCUGCCCCGCCUUCCGCCGCCUCGCCACCGACGCCUCCUUCCUGCGCCGCUUCCGCCGCCUCCACGCCCCGCGGUUUCUCGCCUUCAUCGACCUCGACGGCUUCCAGCCCGCGCUCCCGCCCCACCCCGCCGCGCCCGCCGCCCGCGCGCUUGCCAGCGCCGCUGACUUCUCCUUCUCCUUCCUCCCCUCCCACUGCCGCUGGAUCCCGAUGGACAUCCGCGACGGCCGCGUCCUCCUCGGCCGGGACCACGGGAAGGACGCGCGGCCCCCGAUCUGCAGGGAGCUCGCAGUGUGCGAUCCCCUGCACCGCCGCUACGUCCUGCUCCCUCCGGUGCCCGACGCCCUCGUCGCCUCGGCGGAGCGCCCACCCCCCGUUCUACGCAGGCCCUCGGACGAGCCUCUCCUCCUUCCCCUUGGCGAGAACGGUGAAGGGACGGCAACGGCAUUCACGGUGAUCUCAAUGGUGCAUUGCGAGACUAAGCUGGCCCCCUUUGUAUUCUCUUCGAGCACCGGGCAGUGGCGAGCGGCGGCACCCAUGCUUUGGUCGGCCAUGCCAGUGUCGCCGAUGGAUCCUGCUUAUCUCAGGCGGCACCACGCAUAUGGCUGCUUCUACUGGGACUCCACCAAUAUCAAGAGGAAAGAGUUGCUCGUGCUUAACAUCCAGAGGAUGGAGUUCUCCAUCGCCGAGCUCCCAUCCUCUGGUUGGGGCACGCUAGGCGUGGCCAUUGUGGAGGCAGGGCAAGGCAGGCUUGGGCUGUUUGGGAUCCGUGAUGGAACUGCAGGUGGCAGCAAACAUGACCUCUGCUAUAGCGUUAGGCACAACAAAGGCAAGAAUUCCGGUCAGUGGCAGAUGGUGAAGACCUUCUCACUAGGUCCUGAGGGCCUGCAUUAUCUCAAAGCGGCAACAGAGAGGUGUGUGCUCCUGAUAUGUUCUGAAGCCCCACGGCUCGUCGGCUUGUCUAUGGAGAUGCCAGACUUGUUGGAGUAUAUCUCGGUGGACGUCAAGAAGUUGCAGCUUGAGAGGGUCUGUGUCAAGCCUUUCGGGAAGUCCUUGUCCAGGACGCGCAUAUAUGCCCACUUCCCGCCAUCGCUGUCUUCGCCGACGAUAUGAAGUGAUUCGAUGGAGCCGCAAACAGAGCAGCAUUCUCAAUUCAAGACGACCGUGAUUUCAGCAGCAUGGGGUUCGUUGGACGUCAUCACCAUGCCUACAGGAUGACACUAUUUACAUUGCUUUGCCUAGCGAUCGUCAUGUAUAUGUUUUGGUUAAUUACUGUAGCAUCAUUGCGGACCUGUUCUUUCUCUGAAUGUGGCAGUGUUCGUGUCUAUGUUAUGUUCUUCCUUUGAUACCAUAAGAAUGUUACAUUUUUAUUAAUGGUCUCAAUCAAU